UACUUUGUAAAACCCUUAAGCCCUUGAUUUCUCUGGCUUUUCUCUAGUAGCUCCAUGAACAUGGCGGAACGCGAAGUAGAAAUCCUACGAGGGCAUGAGCUACGACUCCUUCGCUGCACCCUACGUCCGCCUCCGUCUGAUUCUUCUUCUUCUCACUUCCAACAUUCAGAUGAAUUUGCUACUUCAAUUCCUCCUCUCCACGCUCUUAUCUCCAACUUCCUCACUUCCGUCGAGUCCGGUGACUACUUCGGAGCCCUUUCCUCGGACGCCGCACGACUCGUCCUUGCCUCGCCCGACUCCGACCUCUCUUCUCACUCUCCCGACCGAGUUUACUCCGAGUUACUAGACCGAGUCGAAUCGUUCAUUAAUGAACCUUCCAUUAACAAUGCGGAGAAAGCUUGUAGGGUUUUUCUUGUUGUGUGCGUUGCUGUGGCAGCAUUAUUCUGGUUUACUCAGUGUAAUUUGACUGGGCCCGUGGAUGGGUUACCGAAGCGUCCACUACCAAUGAAGGCGUGGUGGGAAGGAAGUGAGAUGGUGGAAUGGGAGAAUUGGGCGAGGAAUCAACUCAUGGCUGCUGGCUCAGAUUUGCUUGGCAAGUUCUCUUAUCUUCAGUACAUAGUUUUUGCCAAAAUGUUACUCCUGAAGACACGAGAUCUACUAUUUGAAGCAAGUGUCACGUCCACAUUUAAAAUCAAGAGCAUUUCUUGGUGGCUGUUUAGAGCUUUACUUAUUCAUCAACGAAUUUUGGAUGAGCGGUCUUCUUCACUUUUUGACUUAUUGCAAGUAUUUAAGGGCGAAAAUUCUUAUCAUUUUGGAAGUUUGGAAAAAGUGACAAGUUACUGGGGUGAUCAAUUGCAAGAUGGGGAAGCAUCAACAAUUGUUUCAAUGGUUCAUUUAGAAGCAGGGGUACUAGAAUAUAUUUAUGGCAGACUUGAUCAUUGCAGGUUAGACUUCGAGUCGGCCGAAUUGGCUGCUGGUCUUCAGCUCUCUGUUACUGGCAUUCUUGGGUUACGAACUGUACAUCAGGUAGAACCAAAGGCACAAAUGAUAUUGGUUGCAAAUACAAACUCGGAAUCAGGAAGUGGUGAUAUAAACACUUCCAUAACUCCCAACAAUCAGUUGACUAGUCCAAAUGUCAGUGAAGCGUCUGACAUAUUUAUGACUCCAAAGCUGGUAGAGAAUGGUAAUGAUUUUGGAAAGAAUGAGUGUGGUGGUGUUGCUUCCACUUUAACAGCAGUCCAGCAGGCUGUGGUUUUAGCACAAUGCCUGCUAAUUGAAAAGGGUUGUCCACAUGGUGAAAUGCAAGGUUGGGAUAUGGCUCCGUAUAUAGAGGCAAUUGAUUCUCAAAAACCUUCGUUCUUCAUUUUGAAGUGUUUCUGUAAUACAUUACGAAUUCGAUGGGAGUCUACUCGCAGUCGCACAAAGGUGCGUGCACUACAGAUGAUGGAUAACUUGGUUGAGAGUAUUCAUAAGCCUUCACUUGGGGUUCCACUGAGGCUUCCUUUUUGUUAUGCUGUUUAUAUCCCGACAAUUCCUGCUCUUCGGAAGCAAUAUGGUGAGAUUUUAGUCAGCUGUGGUUUGAUUGGAGAGGCCCUUAAAGUCUUUGAGGAUUUGGAGUUGUGGGAUAAUGUAAUAUACUGCUACAGAAAAUUGGAGAAGAAAGCAGCUGCAUUUGAACUCAUCAAGAAGCAGCUGUCUACAGCACCAAAAGACCCAAAGUUAUGGUGUUCAUUGGGUGAUAUUACACAUAGUGAUACCUGUUAUGAGAAAGCCUUGGAAGUUUCAAAUGAUAGGUCAGCGCGAGCUAAGCGAUCUCUUGCUUAUAAUGCAUAUGGAAGAGGAGAAUAUGAGAAGUCUAAGAUCUUAUGGGAGUCUGCCUUGGCCUUGAAUUCAUUGUACUCAAACGGAUGGUUUGCACUUGGUGCUUCUGCACUGAAGGCUAGGGAUAUUGAAAAGGCGCUUGAUGGUUUUACUCGUGCCGUGCAACUUGAUCCCGAGAAUGGAGAGGCUUGGAACAAUAUUGCUUGUUUGCAUAUGGUUAAGAAGAAGAACAAAGAGUCCUUUAUUGCCUUCAAGGAGGCCUUGAAAUAUAAACGGGACAGCUGGCAGAUGUGGGAGAACUACAGUAAUGUUGCUUUUGAUGUUGGCAAUACUGGUCAGGCGCUGGAAGCUAUUAAGAUGGUUUUAAAUAUGACCAAUAAUAAGAGAAUUAAUGUUGAAUUACUCGAAAAAAUCAUGCAAUAUUUGGAGGAAAGGACUUCAAUUAGACUGCCUGCUGUAAACAAUGUUGAUGAUCUUUCCAUUCAGACCAGUUUCAAUGCACUUGUAAAUUCUGUUAACCCAUCUGGAAAUGCUGAGCAGACUGCUGGAAAUUUGGGAGGAAAUGAGCAUUUGGUGGAGUUUCUUGGGAAAAUUCUACAACAGAUAGUUCGAAGUGAAAGUCGGCCAGAAUUGUGGGGCUUAUAUGCAAGAUGGCAUAGAAUUAAAGGUGACCACACAAUGUGCUGUGAAGCACUCUUGAAGCAAGUUAGAUCAUAUCAGGGAUCUGAUUUGUGGAAAGAUAGAGACCGCUUUAAAAGCUUUGCACAGGCCUCGUUGGAUCUUUGUAAGGUCUACAUGGAUAUCUCUUCUUCUACCAAUAGUCGUCGAGAACUACUUACGGCUGAGAUGCACUUGAAGAACACACUAAAACAGGCUGGGGCAUUUUCAGACGCCGAAGAAUUCAGGAACCUUGAAACUUGUCUUGAUGAAGUAAGAAUAAAGCUGCAGGCAGAGUUUACAGCUACUUAAAAAGUCGGAAGUAAGAAAGUUUUGCAGGAUUCACUAUCCACUUCUGAAGGGAAAACAUGGCUGACGAAACGAAGGCGAUACAAAUUAC